AUGAACGCAUUGGUAGCGCGGAUUUUCAAAGUUCAAGCGCGAAACGCGUCUCAACACGCACGUUUGGUUGCUCCCAGUGUGGUUAAAACGCCGGUAACGGUUGCGCCGGCGAUCAAUCAUUCGCCAGAAGAAGCCUUGAAACGGAAAAGAUUACCCAACAGAUGUGGUGCAUUGACCGUCAAGAGAGGAAUGAUGCCCUAUUUCGAUGAAACCAGUGGGAUGCGUGUAGCUGCUACGGUUUUAGAAUUGAAUAACGUUGAAGUGAUGAUGCAUAGAACUGCACAAGAAAAUGGAUAUUUUGCUUGUCAAGUUGGAUACGGAGCCAAGGCUCCCCACAAAGUUUCACGCCAAAUGUUGGGUCACUUUGCGUCUAAAUUGGUCAAUCCCAAGGAAAAAGUCGUUGAAUUUAGAGUCAAGACUGCCAAAGGCUUAUUGCCCGUUGGAACGCUGAUAAAACCUUCUUUUUUCCAACCAGGUCAAUUCGUGGAUCUCAGGUCGAUAUCUAAGGGUAAAGGUUUUGCUGGUGUCAUGAAACGGCACAAUUUCAAAGGUUUGAAAGCAUCGCACGGUGUUUCCAUUAUGCACAGACACGGUGGUUCUUACGGUCAAAAUCAAACUCCAGGUAGAGUUCUGCCCGGUAAAAAAAUGCCCGGUCAUAUGGGGGUGCAACAAGUCACCAUUCAAAACUCUAAAAUUCUCAAAAUUGACGACGAAAAUAGUGUCAUAAUCGUGAAAGGGUCCGUAGCGGGUCCUACUGGUGCUUUCGUCAGGAUUCAAGACGCUAUCAAAAAAGCCCCAGUUUUUUGA